AUGAACAAGACAUCGCAAUUUCACGAUCGGAUCCGUCCUUGGGAUCCCGGGGCCUGUACGGUAGUCAAUUACACCGUGGCACUGACUCUUCCUCUUCUUGUUCACAACGAAAAGAACGACAUCUGCGGUGCUCAGAUAUUCCUGAACAUGAACAUGCUUCCAGUCUUACACAGAAUGCGAUGUAUGGAAUGUUAUAUGAGGUCUUCCCAACACCUCACCGUGGUACAGUCUAUCUUUGUGUCUGCUGCGCCAUUUAUUGUCGCGGUCAUCUUGAUGAUAUUGUUUCAUAUACAUCGAAGUGGCUUUAUGAGCCUCAUGCACACGACAGUAUUAAAGUCUGAGACAGUUGCAGAUCAAACCCUUUGCAACGAAACACAACGAAAGCACAAUGGAAGGAAAUAAAACGACAAAAAUAAAAGAAAGCGCUGAUAUCGUAGCGAGCACGCACAAGUCCCUGAAACCACUUGCUUAAACCUAAGUUCACCAGGGGUUGUAGCUCUGUGAGUGAUUCAUG